ACCGUGACUAAUGGUUUAGUAGAUCCAAUCACUUUGGGAUGAUGAAUUAGGUUGGAUUAGAAGGAAAUGGAAUAAAGUGGCACACUUUCUUACAAAAACAGCAAAGAUAGUUGGUAGCGGUUUUUGGAGUGUUCCUCCAGACUUUUUUAUGUACUGCUUUAGCAGCAGAUUGUCAGUUGAAUGAUUUGGUUCACAUCCGAGACGAUAGCACAUUAAUAAGUUAUCCAUCAAAUAACUUUUAUAUUUGAUUUAAGUGUAUAAUACAUGUGCGACUAUGUACAAGGCUGCAAGGACUAAGCGAAAUUGUACCUGAUACUGUAGCUAUGUAAGUCAGUGUAGCUUGGCGCCAAGUCCCACAGAGCUAACCUUGGAAGUGGCACCUCGAGCCCGUGAUGAGGUAGUUAAUCAGCUUUUUCUUCAUUUUCCGGCCGUCGGAGUUUGACCGCCGGUGGAGAAAACCUCCCGGAAGUCUCCACUUUCAGGGUCCCACAGGUGGACGAUAUUUCCCCAUAAAAGGUCUAAUCAAGCCCACGUGUCAACUGUGAAAUCUUUAUGCCCCCCCAGACUCGCGUCUCCGUUCACGUGGCAGACACCAAAAACUUCCUUCCGUGCCGCUCUCGAAACUUACACCCCCCAAAAAAAAAAAUGGUAAUAAUAAAAAAGAAGAAGAGGAAGAAGAAGAAGAAACAAAAAGGAAACGUCCAAUUCCCAUUACAUCCCUCGAACUAUCUGCUCAUUCUAAGAAAAAGUACGCUAAAAAGCUAGUUCUAAAAGCCAGUUAGUUACUUCUUCCCUCUGUUCAUAGAUGCUGUAAAACUUUUUCAGAUUCUUGUUGGGAAAAUAAAGAUGAUGAAGAAUAUGAUGGUGCUUUCCAGUUCUGCUACAUUCAUUUCUAGUAAUUUCUACCCUUCUUUCCUGUUGCCAUUUCACCACUCCUCCUCCGUCAUGGGUUUGAAGUGUUGUAAAAGAGCAUCGGGGGAAAAUUCUUCCCACAGAUUUUCUAGCAAGAUAGAAGAUUAUGGCAAAAUCAGAUUUCCUGAUGUAUAUGCUCCUCGAGCCCAACAACAACAGCAGCAAUUGAUUGAGGAAGAAGCUCCACCAAUGACAGAGGUCAUUCCUUCGCUAAGAGUUUCCCCAGGUCAGGCACAUCCACUUGGAGCAUCAGAGCUUGAGAAUGGUGUUAAUUUUGCCAUUUUUUCUCAGCAUGCAACUUCAGUCACGCUUUGCUUGCAACUUCCUCAGAGUCGGGAAAAGCUUGACACCUUGCAUGGAGAGAUGAUUGAAUUGACGCUGGAUCCUCAAGUGAAUCGAACUGGAGAUAUAUGGCACAUUUGUGUUGAGGAUUUGCCUCGCAGCAAUGUCCUGUAUGGCUACUACAUGGAUGGUCCUAAAGAUUGGAGUCAAGGUCAUCGAUUUGAUAGAAGCAUUCUGCUGAUUGAUCCCUAUGCUAAGCUUGUUGAAGGCCGGCGAGUUUUUGGAGAUCUUAACAAUAGAGGGUCACAGUUUUUAGGAACUUUUGACUUUGAUACCUUGCCAUUUGACUGGGGUGACGGUUACAAGCUUCCCAAUAUACCCGAGAAAGAUCUUGUUAUAUAUGAAAUGAAUGUCCGGGGUUUUACAGCCGAUGAAUCUAGUGGAUUGGAUCCAAGCAUACGUGGCAGCUACCUUGGUGUGAUUGAAAAGAUACCUCAUCUCUUAGAGCUUGGCAUAAAUGCUGUAGAAUUGCUGCCUGCCUUUGAGUUUGAUGAAUUGGAGUUCCAAAGGCGCCGUAAUCCUAGAGAUCACAUGAUCAACACGUGGGGUUAUUCAACUAUAAAUUUCUUUGCACCUAUGAGUCGCUAUGCAAGUGCCGGUGGGGGACCUGUCAGUGCUUCUAGAGAGUUCAAAGAAAUGGUUAAGGCACUACAUGGUGCAGGAAUAGAGGUCAUUUUGGAUGUUGUUUAUAACCAUACAAAUGAGGCUGAUGAUGAGAACCCAUAUACUACCUCUUUCCGUGGGAUAGAUAACAAGAUUUAUUACAUGGUGGAUUUGAACAAUGGUGGUCAGCUGUUGAACUUUUCAGGCUGUGGGAACACAUUCAACUGCAAUCAUCCUGUGGUCAUGGAGUUUAUACUUGAUAGCUUGAGGCACUGGGUCACAGAGUAUCAUAUCGAUGGAUUUCGCUUUGAUCUAGCCAGCGUUCUUUGUCGAGGAGCUGAUGGUUCUCCACUUAAUGCUCCCCCACUUGUUAGAGCAAUUGCUAAAGAUAGUAUCCUAUCACGGUGUAAGAUUAUUGCAGAACCUUGGGAUUGUGGAGGUCUUUAUCUUGUUGGAAGUUUUCCAAAUUGGGAUAGGUGGGCCGAGUGGAAUGGUGUAUACCGUGACGAUGUUAGAAAGUUUAUAAAGGGUGAUGCUGGAAUGAAAGGGAGUUUUGCAAGUAGAAUGGCAGGUUCUGCUGAUCUUUACAGAGUCAACAAGCGCAAGCCUUGUCACAGUAUCAAUUUUGUUAUUGCACAUGAUGGGUUUACGCUAUAUGAUCUUGUUUCAUAUAACACUAAGCAUAAUGAUGCAAAUGGAGAAGGUGGCAAUGAUGGAAGCAAUGACAACUUCAGCUGGAAUUGCGGAGCUGAAGGAGAAACUGCAGACCCAAAAAUUCAGGCACUACGUUCCCGUCAAAUGAAAAAUUUCCAUUUAGCACUAAUGGCAUCACAGGGGGUACCAAUGAUGCUCAUGGGGGAUGAAUAUGGACAUACUCGUUACGGUAAUAACAACAGCUAUGGCCAUGAUACUGCUAUCAACCAUUUCCAGUGGGGACAUUUGGAGGCCAAGAAUGAUCACUUCAGGUUUUUCUCGGAGUUAAUAAAAUUUCGCAACCGGCAUCAUGUUUUUAGAAGAGAAAAUUUUAUUGGGAAGAGUCAGGUGACAUGGCAUGAAGACAACUGGGACAAUGCAGAAAGUAAAUUUUUGGCAUUUACGCUUCAUGAUGAGAAUGGAGACGAUGUUUACCUUGUAUUCAAUGCACAUGAUUAUUUUGUUAAAGUUGGGAUACCAUCUCCACCACAAAAAAGACGGUGGUUCAGAGUGGUAGACACAAAUCUGGAAUCGCCAGAUGAUGUCGUGCUCGAAGGUGUUCCGGGAAUUGGGACUAGAUACAAUGUUGCACCUUACUCUUCGGUGCUUCUUAAAGCAAAAAAGAAGUGAAUGGCAGAGGUGUUGCUCAAGAAUGUGGUUGUCCCACACUGAAGUUGCUUGGGGGUGGUUGAUAGCUGCCAGAGAUCCAGAAAAAUAAGAAUAAGAGACUGCAGUAUCUUAACCAGAUGGAGAAUAAAAACAGGUAAAACUUGGACAGGAUUAUACAUGGGUCGUCAGUCAUCUGAUCAAACUCAGGGAAAGCAUUCCCCAUAGUGGUAAACUACAAAUUUUUAUAAUACAGCCAGGCCAUGAAAUAAAGGAGGACGCGUCUAAUAAAUUCUUGUCCAUGGUGCAAUACAGGAGUCGCAAUUUUUUGGUUUUCAAAUCAAUAUGUUCUUGCAGUAAUAAAAUUGUCAGAUGCACCACAUUGACAAAGUUAAUGUCCUGGGAUAAUCUUUUUUCCUGGGUCAAUAUUACUAGUGUUGUGAUGUGUUUUUCUUUUUCUCUUA